AUGGAUGCCAAGGCUGGAACUAAAUUGAGUGUCGAAGAAAUUUUUAGGUUGAAUAUUAAACUAACUGAUAAAAGGAUUCUCCGCCCAUGGAUGUAUACAUUUUGCAAACAGAAAUCAUUCAAUGAUGAAUUAUGCAGUGAGGCUGAAAGAAAGAUGGUGAAGGGUUGGUGGAGCUUGUGUUAUGAAAAGUUUGAUAACACACUCCCUGAAUGGUUGGCCAAAUUACAAAACAAAGAAAUUUGUGAUCCUGACAAGUUGAACUUCAACGUUGGAAAUAAGUGCUUAUCUGAUUUCUGGCGUGGUACUAUACGGGAAUUAAUAGAGGCAAUUGCUUACAUUCAUGAUUGUGGGCUCUUCCAUGGUUCGUUGAAGGUAUCUGGUAAUUAUGUUGUUGUUGGGGAACAAGUGAAACUAUGUAACAUUGGUGGUUGUUUGAAUAGCCUUAGAAUACAUGAUCAACAUUCAAGGAAAAUCCAAGAUUUCAAAGAUUUAAGGGACACUCUGAAGAAGUUUCUGACAAUGGGACGUAUUAAAUGGCCUGAGCGUGAUAGUUUUCUUAAAUGUUUUGACGAUCUUGCAAAAUUAGAUGGUUGUGGAAAAUAUGUUGAGAAAUUGAAGAAGCACCCCUUUUUAUAA